AUUGCCCCCAACGAUUUUGCUAAAAUCCCAAAUGAGUCCCUAUUUCCCCAUCGAUGCUCAGGCGAGACUGCUUUCGUUGUUCCUUACACAGUUUUAGGGCGUAUCGGUCGCCAUUGCCAUUUGGCUCUCACACUCAUAAUUUCUGACAGUUGUGUUCUCUCUCUAGAAACUACGUUGAUCGGACAUUAUUCGCCUCACUCGCAACGUGACUAUGGUCAAUCCACAACCAUUAGAUCAAGAAGACACGGAGAUGCUUGCUCAGCACACGGAGCCACGGGAACCGGUGCAAGUUGAUGCGGUGCUCGAUGGUACUCAGCCUAUGGAAGUUGAGGAUGGUGGUGCUGCUGCUUUGAAUGGCAUCCCAACUGGUGGAGGCAAGGGUGAUAUUCUUGAUAGCCGAAAAUCUCGUGAUAUGGCUGAUUUAGAUGUGGGUGGAGGCGAUGGUUCAUCUAAUAUGGCGAAAAAGCGGAGAAUUGUUGAAGUAGUGGAUGAAAACUCAAGGUGUAAUGAUUUACAGCGUGAACAUGUGAAACCUUUUAUUAACAAUGUGAGCCUAGUCGAUAAAGGGGGUCCUCAAUGGUCUCGUGUCCUUUGUGGUUCUUUUACUGUGGAAGAGCAAGAGCCGGACUUUUCCUACUUUAAUGACAGAAUUCGUAAUCUGUGGAAAGCACACGACAUUGAAAUUGAAUAUAUCAUGAAGAAGCUUAAGGGUUUUUAUAUUUUCAUAUUCAACACUGAUGAAGGUAUGUUAGAUGCUCUAGAAAAAGGACCAUGGACCAUCGAUGAUGUCCAAAUUGUUCUCAAGAGGUGGGGUCCGGGUCACUUUCUUGACAAGCAUAAAGAAGAUAAAAAGAACCCUGUUUGGAUUCGAAUGUAUGACGGCCUUGCGGGUUGUGGAAGUUGGAUGUGGUGA